AGUCCUCAUAGUUUGGUCCACGUGUGAUCAGUACAGGCACAGAUAUUUCUUCUCCGAGAGGUCUGCACCUGGAGGUUCACGAAAGUCUGUACAGGAGGGCAAAAACUAAUGAUGUCUGCUAUGACCAGGGCAUUUCCUGUUCACACCCAGCAUCACAUGAUUGCAUACAGAUCACAAUGCCAAGCUAUAAGAGUAGUACUGAAUGCACAGGAUGGCCUCAGGACGUGGGCAUUAUUUCCAUGGAAUUGUAUUUUCCAUCUCAGUAUGUAGACCAAGCAGAGUUAGAGGCAUUUGAUGGUGUGUCUCAGGGGAAGUACACCAUUGGCCUGGGUCAGACCAGGAUGGGCUUUUGCUCAGACCGAGAGGACAUCAACUCCUUGUGUCUCACUGUUCUCUCCCGUCUCAUGGAGAGAACUGGGGUUGGUUAUGAAAACAUUGGUCGUCUUGAAGUUGGAACAGAAACCAUUAUUGACAAGUCUAAGAGUGUCAAGAGUUGUCUGAUGCAGCUGUUUGAGGAUUCAGGAAAUACUGAUGUGGAAGGGAUUGACACCACCAAUGCGUGCUAUGGUGGCACGUCUGCGCUUAUCAACGCCAUCAACUGGGUGGAGUCGAGCUCCUGGGAUGGUCGAUAUGCUGUGGUGAUUGCAGGAGACAUUGCUGUGUAUGCCAGUGGACCUGCCAGACCUACUGGUGGUGCUGGAGCUGUGGCCAUGUUGGUGGGCCCCCAUGCCCCAUUAAUCAUGGAGAGAGGUGUUCGAGGAUCACACAUGUGUCAUGUGUAUGAUUUUUACAAGCCUGACCUGUCAUCAGAAUACCCAACUGUAGAUGGAAAACUGUCAAUACAGUGUUAUUUAUCAGCACUGGAUGCCUGCUACCAAACUUUUUCCCGGAAAUCAGAUGCCUUUAAAGAUUCCUCGAUACCACCUAUGUGUCUGGACCAGCUUCAGGCUGUUAUCUUCCAUUCUCCGUUCUGUAAAUUGGUGCGGAAGUCUCUUGCUCGAUUAGCUUUCAACGAUUUCCUUAACACCCCAGCUGAACAGAUAUCUUCAAAAUACCCUGGACUUGAGGCAUAUCGGGAAAAGAAGCUUGAAGACACUUACUUUGACCGGGAUGUUGAGAAGACCUUUAUGAAUUACAGCGAAGGAAUCUUUCAAGCCAAGACAAAGCCAUCAUUAGUUAUUGCUACACAGGUUGGCAAUAUGUACACACCCUCUGUGUAUGGAGGGCUAGCGUCUUAUAUUUCAUGUAACUCAGCUGAGAAUCUGGCAGGCAAACGAGUAGCCAUGUUUUCAUAUGGCUCUGGGUUGGCUGCUACAAUGUUUUCACUGCGUAUAUCGGAAGACACAGGACCUGACUCUUCACUUUCCCAGCUCGUUGCUUCUCUAUCAGAUCUGAGCAUCAGGCUUGAUGCACGGACUAAGGUUCCUCCCACAGUAUUUGCCGAGAUGAUGAAGUUACGGCAGGAUACUCAUCACAAAGCGCUGUAUAUGCCAGUGGGAAGCAUUGAGGCGCUUUUCCCAGGUACCUGGUAUUUAACUCGUGUUGAUGAAAUGCAUCGUAGACAGUAUGAACGCCGACCUCUUACUGCUAUGUGCACUAUGCCUGGUGCUGUCAGUGCAUCAACAAACUCUGUAAUGAAGGAAGCUUCAGCCAAGACAACAGAUUUACUGUCUCAUCAAGUUUAGCUAUUACAAGUAGUUUAAAUUAUUUUCCCAUAAAAUUAUCAUUCCCGUAGGUACAGUAGUUGUUAUUAUUGUACAGUGAACCCUCACCUCUGUAGGUAAAGAGUCCAUCAAAAAUAUUAUGUUGACAACUUAUAGGAAAAGUGAGCAUUGUUCUGGGUCCUGAAUUCUCACUGUCAGCCCUUCACCACACACUGUCUCAAGCCUUUCUUGCUGAUUGGUUGUAAAUUUUUACAGAAAUCCAAGUUUUUAGACUAAACCUCACUCGUCUCCUAUUUCUUAGAAAUAAUGCAGAGACAAUGGCAAUCUUAAUGCUCUCUGCCAAUGUAUUUAGGUGCUAAUAAUAACAUGAGUAUUGAUUGUAGACUAUUUUUACCCAUUUUUUACUUCAGGGGCUAAAUAUUUUUUACCCUUUACGUGGUACUUCUUGUACCAGAAUAUUUCCCUUAAUGGAACAAUCAGAAUUCAUGGGAUUAAAGAGCACAAUGAGCAUUUCCAUAAACAAAUAUUCUGGAUCAUUGAAUUUAGUAUAUCAGAUGCUAUUCUACAUGAAUAAGAAAACAAAUAGCCCCUACAGUAAAAAAUUAAUAAAUACAGUAGUAUACUGUAUUUUACAGUGGUUAAGUACUGUAGCACUCUUGCAUAUAGUGCAGUCAACCAGCAGUACCUUGCUCAGCAUUCUGACUUCUCUUCAAUUUUGAUUGUACCUAAGGCAAGAUUCUAGGAAUAAAUCUUUGAAGUCAUUGCAAAAUGUUUAGUAAAAUAUUUGUAGCAAAGCAAAAAACUACAUCAAGAGUGGAAUUGCCUGUUUGUGAAAGUUCUAAUUAGGAAUUACUACUGCCAAUUUGGCGCUUUUGUCCCCCCAUUUGGAGAUUCAUUAUGCCUCUGGUGAUGAAUUUUCUUGAAUCAACUCGGAAGCUUCCAGAAAAUCUUUGUAAAUUCAUCCUUGUCAUGAUUUCUAUUUUACUUUACUUUAUCAUCAUUACCAUUUGAUAGCUUACUAGCUGAUUGGGUAGUCAAUCAAUUCUCAGUUGGCAAGUAUUUAGCAUAUACAACCCUUCCAAAAAGUAUCGUCAGAUUUUCUGUCCCUGCAAUUUGAAAAAGUAUACAAAAUUCUUUGAUAUGAUCCCCAGUGCAUCAUCUUAAGUUGGUAUGCCUGCUUGCCAUAUUAACAGCAGUUAGAGAAGGUGGUAGGAUUGGGGGAAGGAGCCGUCCUUGUACGGCAUACUAGAUACACAUAUAACAAGAAUUCCAUUAAGUUAUAUUAAUGUAUGUAUCAUUAAAAAACGUGUACUGUAUACUCAUUCAUGCUGAAAGGUUGUGGAUUUAGAACUACCAUGCCUUCAGAAACAGGUCGAGUAACAUUGCUUGGAAGGUUUCGAAUCACAUCUACCCCAUAUCUAACGUUAAUUUUUGGGGGGACAGAACAAGUUCUUAAAUGUACCUGAACAUGUUUCAAAUUUAGUCAAGUCUGGACUUAAGGAGCUCUCACUUGGUGCUGUCACAACAUUCUCUAGUACAAGGGUUCUCAAACUUUUUCUUACCAGGCACCUCCCGAGUUAUCAGACCAUCGACCUGUACCCUCAUUUCUGAGACACUGAAUAUAGAAUUGUAUUACAUUAACACUAAUUCAAGAUAGAAUGGCAGUGUCAAAACAUAUUUGAUUCUUGAAGAAAAGUUACUUUCCAUAUUGUAAAUAUAACAGUUAUUUAUAUCACCUCAUGAAUUAAUAUAUUCUAUAUUGAUUUUCGCCAAUCCUCACAACCCCUGCCCAGCAGGUUAUUUAAGAGUUCACAACUAUUAUUCCAAAGAAGUUAGCCCUAGCAAUUUUCUCUACUGAUAGCUUCUUUAACUCCACAUAUAUACAGAACAGAAUAUAGAGAUGUGACUGAAUAAUGCCCUUGUGGUGAUUAGAAAUUUCUUUUAAUUGUCCCUUUCCCUUCUGUAGUAUAAACUAGACAAAUGUCAACAUUCUAACCUCUUGGUGAGUUAGAUGUCUGAACAGUAUAAACUAAACAAAUGAAGGCAUUCUAAUCUCUAACGAUCUGAGGUGCGGAGUGGAAGCACCAGUUUGCUGGCCCUCCAAUGGACAUUUUCAAUCAUCUGGCUUUUUUUCUUUUUUUUUCUCAUAUCUUAGGGACCAGUGAUAUGAGCGAUAGACCAUUUAGGUAUGAGUACGAUUUUUGUACGAGACUUAGUAGUUUAUUUCUUUGAUUCACCUUCUCACAAUGUUCUGAAAACUUAAGCUCAUUUUGACCACACACACACCCAGAUCUUUUUCACAUUUGGAGUCAGUCAAUGAUGUUUCUUCAUCACAUUGGAACAUGUGAUAUACUUCCUUAAUGUUGGUAUGGCCUAGGUGUGUCUAUAUGCAUUUUGUAAUGUUAAAUAUCAUAGCCAUUCCUCUAUUUCAUGGUUGUGCAGAAUUGGAAAUUUGUUCUAAAUUGGUUAAUAUUGAAAUAUAGAAAUCAUGAACUUGGAGGCUGUGGAAGUUGAGGAGUUGAGGGUUCACUGUACAGUAUUACAGUAUAUCAUAGUUUAAUAUAAUUUGGGCAUCUAGUUUAUGCUCUCUAGGUUUGGGUUAUUGAUACUGUACUAUGAUUAAUAAUUUUAGAGAAUGUUACCAAGAUGGCAUUAGGAGUGCUUUGAAAUGGACCUCAGUAUGGGCAGCUCAUCACUUAUAAUGAACAGCACAGUAUAAGGAUAGCCACUGUCAGGGGUGAGUACAGACUGUACUCACCCCUGAAGAUGUGAAUUACACGAAAGUUCUUGGGAAUUUCGUGUUUUUUUUUAUUAUUCAGUCUCAUAUUACCUCAGUCAAGUAAAGAGGAUAUAUUUUUCUGUAUUAUCAAGGGAAUAGCAUCAGGGUACAGAUGGUAUCUAUUUUAACUUAGUUUUACAUGUUUUAUCUUAGUUAUGAACUUGAUACCUUAUUGUAAUACAUUAUUUAAAAAAGCAUUAUAUUUUAUUCUAAUACAAUGGGAAGUUGCCUUCCUUGUCUCUGUAUGUUCUCUGUAGAUGUUGUAUUGUACUUGAUACAUGUAUUUUCUCAUAUAUUGUAGCUAUAACUUAAAUAUUCAACACAUUAUUAAAUUGUUAGGUUGCAGUUGUAUCUACGGUUACCAUUUCCAUGGUAAUGGUAGCCAACCUCCAUGUUUGAUGUUGAACCAGUCCACAUCAGCAUUGCUUGUAUGAAUACACUGUAGUAGCAUACCUGCCAAUGUUUGUGCAUCCAGUAAAGACACAAAAGAUUUAGAUUCACUUACUUUAGCAAAUAUAUAAUUUACAUGCAGUGAAGAUACAGUACCAUUAAAAUUUCCAAGAAAAUGUGGAAUUGUGAUUCAGAGACUGCAUAACUUCUCAAAUUGUUAACUACAGUGUCUACAAUCAUAUAAAUUAAGUGACAUGGAUAUGGAACCUUAUAUUUGUGUUGUUGGGAUUAAGAUUUAUGCCCUAGAAUUGUCAAAGAUGAAGUAUUUGUUAUGGUAAAGGUAGUUGUAAAGCGCAGCACUGUAUUACCCAAACCGAUGUCUCAUUGAUAAUUAUGUAAGUAACAGACUUGUUUUCCACAGACAUAAGAAGAUCCAAAUUCAGUAAUAUGAUGAGUUCUGGUAAUUGUUAUGGAGAUGGAUAUCACUCUUAUUUGUUGCCAAUUUUUGGUAAUUCAAAGAAUAUAAUUCCAAUGGGAGAGAAGUGAAUAUAAAUUAUACUGUAGUGUGAUUUUAAGGAAAUAAUGUAUCAAAUUAUCUUAGAAAGCAUCUUAGUUUUAACAAUAACGUUCCCUCAGUCAGGCUGUAGAAAUAAAGCAUUUAUGAUA